AUGGAGCGCUACGUCCCUUCGGUGGAGGAGGUGGUGGUGAUGGGUGACGUCACCUACGGCGCGUGCUGUAUCGAUGACCUGGGGGCGAAGGCGGCAGGAGCGGAUUUCUUGGUUCACUACGGACACAGCUGUCUGGUGCCGGUCACCUGCACCGCGCUCAAGGCGCUCUAUGUCUUCGUCGAGAUCAGCGUCGACGCCGCCCAUUUGAUCGACAGCCUCCGUCGGAACCUGGAAGCGCCUCGGAGGGUCUGUCUGAUGGGAACGAUUCAAUUCAUCUCCGCUGUGCACGAGUCGGCCAAAGCGCUGUCAGAUCACUUUGCCUCCGUCUCCGUCCCUCAGGCGCGGCCUCUCUCAGCGGGAGAGGUACUGGGAUGCACAUCCCCUACGCUGGACGCCGCAAAGUUCGAUACAUUGAUCUUUGUUGCCGACGGGCGCUUCCACUUGGAAGCAGCGAUGAUUGCGAACCCAUCCUUAGAAGCCUACCGGUAUGACCCCUACGAUAAAACUUUGACCCGAGAAAUCUACGACACCCCGAAAAUGCUUCGCCUUCGCAAACAAGCCGUGGCCGCUGGGAAGGUGGCCAAACGCUGGGGUGUCAUCUUGGCCUACGAGCUUGAAGUCGCUUUGGGAGGGCAGGCCUGGUCCGAGGCGAGCUACCCGAUGGACUAUUAUGCUAAAGACGGUGGAGCGUGGGGCAAUUUUAACCCAGCUAAUGCGAAACGGCAAAUGUUGUAA